AUGGUCUGCCUGUUGCUCGAAAGAGGAGCGAGCCCUAAUAUUUCGAGACAACUGCUAAUUGAAAAUGGCGUUGAUGUCAAUGUAGAGGAUUCCUAUGGACAAACUCCUUUGCAUUGGGCUGCUAGGCACAAUUCCACAACGACAAUGCACAUACUGGCUGAGAGGAAAGCCAAUCUCAACGUGGCUGAUCACCGGGGAAAGACAAUAUUGAUGGGGGCAAUCGAGAGCUUGUCAGGAGAGACGGUGCAGUUGCUGCUGCGGCUUGGAGUUGAUGUAAAUGCAGAAGCUCGACAUAAUGUCACUGUCCUGCAUUGGCUGUCUCUUUUGGGAUACGAAUCAGCAGUCCAGAAAUGGCUCGAAAGCGGUGCUAAUAUCCACGCAGAAACUCAACGGUGUGAAGCCGACGAGGACGAGAUCGACAUCGAGGACGAAGAGGGCUCUGUGGCCUUCGACGAAUUGGAUGGAUUUUACGCAGCGAGUUCCGUGAACAAGAUGCUUGCAUUGACAUUGGGAGUGAUGUUGAGGAUGGUGCUCGACGCCGCUUGA